AGAUCGCAUAGAGAGGUCAAGCCUGGAUGGUAACUACAGGGAGGUCAUAGUUGAGACCACCGUCCACCCCUUCUCUCUCACAGUGUUCGGCUUCUACAUAUACUGGACCGACUGGACGCUGCGGGGCAUCUACAGGGCAGAGAAGCACACUGGGGCCAACAUGAAAAUGCUGGUGCAAGGCUUGUCCACGCGUCCUAUGGGUGUGACCAUCUACUCCCAGGAGAAGCAGAAAUGUAAGCAAGUCAGAUUGGUUACAUCCAUCAGGAUUUUUUUUUGUAGAAUCAGAAGAAGACAAAAAUCUGACAUCAAGUAUGACAUAAGAUCUGACAUCAGCUCUAUCAUCAGGUCUGACAUCAGGGCUGACAACUGACAUAAGAUCUGACAUUUUGAUACUCAUAACAGGAAAAAUAAGAUCACUAAUGAUUCAGAAAUUUAAUUUUAAUCUGCCAAAUGUUUACCUGUUCAGACCAGCCAAAGUAGUAGGAUUCAGACAUUGCAGGUCUGAACAGUGAGAUUCACACACUGCAGGUCUGAACAUGGAGAUUCACACACUGCAGGUCUGAACAUGGAGAUUCAGACAUUGCAGGUCUGAACAAUAAGAUUCAGACAUUGCAGGUCUAAAGUGUGAGAUUCACACACUGCAUAUCCGAACAUGGCGAGUCAGACAUCUGAACAUCAGAUGGUUCAUGGGAAUCAAAUCAGCUGUUUGAAAUUUGUAUCAGCUGUUUGAGCAUGAUUUUUUUUGUUAAUUACUUACCAGACAUCAACCUACACAACAUUUACGGAACAACAAUUUCAAUGACUUACAUAAACAAGCCUCAAUGUGAAAAUACUCAAAAAGAACAAUUUUGAAGAGAACUAAAGCAAUCUCAGCAUUCCUGAAACUUUGGAUUGUUAUCCAGGCAGCAAAAACCCUUGCAGUGUUUUCAUGUAUUAAUCAUUGUAUUGUUAUCCAGGCAGCAAAAACCCUUGCAGUGUUUUCAUGUAUUAAUCAUUGUAUUGUUAUCCAGGCAGCAACAACCCUUGCAGUGUUUUCAUGUAUUAAUCAUUGUAUUGUUAUCCAGGCAGCAAAAACCCUUCCAGUGUUUUCAUGUAUUAAUCAUUGUAUUGUUAUCCAGGCAGCAAAAACCCUUCCAUUGUUUCCAUGUAUUAAUCAUUGUAUUGUUAUCCAGGCAGCAACAACCCUUGCAGUGUUUUCAAUGGAGGUUGCAGCCACAGCUGUCACCCAGGCCCAGAGGGCAAAGUUGAAUGCACCUGUGUGGAGGGCAUGGGUCUUGUCAUCGGCAACAACGGAAAGGUUUGCUCGACUUAACUCUUUAGGCGCUAGUGAAAAAAAGAAGUAAAGAAAAGGGUACCCCAUUAUUUCUGUAUGCUACUAGUUAAAAAUCUAAUGAGAAUAGUUUAAUAUUGCUUGUUAAAGCUGUCACAAGGAUAGUUCCAUUGGUCAAAUAAGAGCAAUUUUCUUGAUUACCUGUCAUGCAAAAGUUUUUUUAAUAGUUUUUUCCUAAAUAUAGAUGUACACUAUGUGAACCUUCCUGAUUAUAUCGUGUUCAGCAGCAUCCAUAAAUUAAACUUCUUCAUUUUUAAAGAAUUGUAAUUUAAUAAUCCUAGGUGUGCAUUCCAAGUAACAAUACAUGUUUGCCAGACCAGUUCGUGUGUCAGAAUGGAAGGUGCCUCAGGGAAAGGUGGGUCUGUGACCUUGACAAUGACUGCGGGGAUGGGUCGGAUGAGGAUCCAAACCUGUGCGGUAAGUGUUAAGGAAACUUCCAUUAAAAAAAAAAGAGAGAAAAAAAAUUGAAAUCACAUUUGAGUAAAUUACAGGUAGCAAAAGACAGGCAGCAUUAGGAAUGUAUAGGAAGAAAGACAGGUAGCAAAAGACAGGCAGCGUUAGGAAUGUAUAGGCAGAAAUACAGGUAGCAAAAGACAGGCAGCGUUAGGAAUGUAUAGGCAGAAAUACAGGUAGCAAAAGACAGGUUGCAUUAGUAAUGUAUAGGCAGUUUAACAAUAAUGUUUAAAAAAAAUAUGGUAUUUUAUUAGAAAUUGUGCCCACUCACGACAUUUGUAGCAAAAAGAAACACGCGUUUGAUCAUCUGGUCUCAUGGUUUCCUUCGCCUUUCAGCUCUCCACACAUGUGAUCCAAAGUACUUCAGUUGUAAGAAUGGCAGGUGCAUCCCACUGAGGUACAGGUGUGAUUUCGAUAAUGACUGCAGGGAUAACUCAGAUGAAGAGGCUUGUGGUAAGUGGUCAAUAAUCCUCAGUUGGUCAAUUAAUCUCGGUGGGUGAAUAAUCCUCUGUUAGUUAAUAAUCCUCUGUUUGUGAGCGACCCUCUCCAUCCUUGUUUAUCUCUAUUUGUAUGAUGUAAAUUAGUUACAAUUCAUGAAACGCUUGCAAAUCUGGGAUAUUUUGGCAGCUCUGUGGCCAGAAUUUGUAUAAAGAGAAAAUAUUUUCUCAGAGUUAAAACAAGAAAUACUCUUAGAAACUUAAAUACUCUGUAACAAAUGGUGAAUCCCCUGAUUGCACAAUAGUAAACUUAAAUCAUCAGGUAACCUUGCAGUCCUGACAUCUUUAUAAAUAUGACAGUUGAUGUUACUAGUGUAACUCUGUGUACUCGAAAACCUAUGUCUCACUCAUAUUACAUACAUCAGCAGAAGUCCAAUUUCAACACAUCAUUUACAUAUUAACAAAUUAAACUAUAUAGAAUCAAUUUCACAUAUAUAUAUAUAAGAAUGAGCUAGGUUGACCGUAACGCCAAAGAACUGAAAAGAUUUAAUACUUUCUGAUUCUUAAAAUCGAUCAUAGUUAUUUUAUAUUAUUUUACGGAAAUGGAAUAAAUUUAAGUGCACAAAAAAUAUUAUAUAUUCGCUUUUAUUUUAUUAAAAGUUUAAGUAUUAUUAUUAUAAAUUACAAAUACAUUUAAACUAAUAACUAAGGAACUAUCCUAAGCAUUUUAUAUGCGUUUGAAAGUUAUGAAAAAAAUUAAAUAACAAAAUUAUGAUCAAAGAAUUACGCCAUAAUCACAUUUAUCAGGAAAACCCAAACAUCUGUUGUUUUUAGUGUUUUUUUUUAGUGCGUUGUAAAUAUUGCAAAAUAAAAAUAAAAUUAAUUUGUUUUAAAUAAACAAGCACAUGAUGUCAUAGCGAGAAUGGCCUAUUUUAGCCAAAACUCUUAAGUUUCUUUGAUUUAAUAACAGCGCAUUACAAAACUGAUAAUGUAUUUUCCCCUUAAAAGUAAAAUUAAAAAAUAUAAUUGAUUGCUUUUUAAAUUGUUAAUAAAACACACACAAAUUUUAGCUUUGUAUUUUAAUAUUUAAUAAGUUGUUACUUUUUUAAAUUCCAAAAAUAUACUUUUAUUAAAUUUAUAACGUAAUAAAAACUUACCACCUUUAAAUAUACUUCUAAUAAGAAAAUGAUGUUUAAGUCAAUGAGUGCAGUGAAACCCCAUAGCCAAAUAGCAUUCACUAAGUCACUGAUAACUCAUCCAAAUAACAAACUAUAUGAAGUGCAGAAUAUGUUAGUUUGGGUAUGGAAGGGACUGCAGUCCUGUUUAAGAUUUUAUCAAUUUUAUUUAAAUCGGGUGGGGAGGGGGGGGAGGGGUGUUCAUAUUCAUUUUGCCCCAGGCAUCACAAGAUACUACUCAAAAUAAUGGAAUAUAUUUGAUAAAUAAUUAACCUUCUUGGGUACAUACAUAUUGAAGGUAGGAAAUAUGAUGCGUACAUUUUUACAUGGAUGGCAAGAUAUCUAAAUCCUAUGUUAUUACAUUUGUGAAAAUUGUGUUAAGAAAAUGUGGGUGCAUUUAGAUAAGUAUGCCCAUGAUUAACAAAACCAACUCAUUUCACACACUUAAAUAUUUAAUUUUGAAAAAUGGAGAUGGGUUAAUAUUUUCUUUUAAAAAAAUGAAAAUAUAUUUUUGUUUUUACUUUGCGAAAAUUUUUUUAAAAAAGGGACUCAAGUCUGUUAUAGACGUGAAAAACGGUUGCGAGAUUCUUCUUUAGAUAAAUAAUUCUUUGCUUAAACGAUUUUCUGAUAAUGUAUAAUUGAAAAAAACAAGGCAAAAGUUUGUUUAAACUCUUGAUGAAGAUAUCCAUAUGUUAAAUUCCCUUAAUAUAAAAUAUAUUUAUAUCAUAUAUAGAGUUAUUGUUGUAAAUUUAAGAUUAUGUUUUUACAAUGUUUAGAGAAAAAAAAAUGUUGUAGUUCAAGGGCACGAAAAGAGGUAAAUCUAAAGUAUUUCUCUAGCGUAGAAAUUGUCCCUCAAUUAACUUCUUUAGUGACAAAGUGUGUGGUAAAAUUAGUGGUAAUUUAAGGAAAUGUUUAGAGGGACAAAUGUAGUUUAGGUGCGUGAAAGGGAGUAUGUUAGGUGUAUAAUAUAUAUCAGAUAAAAUACUUCUCAAAACUUGAUGAUGCUAGAAACGGAAAUAUCAUUACAUAGAUACUUCUUUUUAAAGUUAGGAAUUGUGAUGAGUUUUUGCAAUAGCAGGUAGAAAUUAUUGCAAACAGCGUACCAUUAUUAUUCUAAUCACAUCGGGUCAUUUAUUCUAGUUGAUGAAUAAUAGAAUAAUGAUUGAUUGAAUUAUAGUCACAAUAUUUCCAAUGCCUUUAGAAAAAUACCAUUCGAUCAACUGCCACCUUGAAAUCCAUUACAUUAUGUCCUCUCUUCCAGUUCCGCCCUAUCUACAUUUAGAUCCAUGUAUUCUUACUCUAAAUACGAAAUAGUGCUUUUUGUCAAAUGUUAAUGUACAUCAAAUAUCGUUACUGUACAUUCACGUUUUGAAUCUUAAAUUGUGUUGGAAUCAUUUUUAACUAGAUACUAUGCACGACCGGGAAACACCCCCCCCCCCCCCUUUCCUUCAUUCAGUUAAAAAUCUAUAAAACAGAUUUACAUUCACGUUUUAAAACUUAAAUUGUGUUGGAAUCAUUUUUAAAUAAAUACUAUGCCCGACCGGGAAACCCCCCCCCCCCCCCUUUCCUUCAUUCAGUUAAAAAUCUAUAAAACAGUUAACAGUCAUUCAUGUGGAGAUUUGUUUUCAGACUACCCUACCUGCGGCCCAGACCAGUUCACAUGCAACAACUACAGAUGUAUCGACACAGCACAGAAGUGUAAUGGUAUUGAUAACUGCAGAGAUGGCAACAGGACAGAUGAGCUCAACUGUCGUAAGUUUUCAAUGUUUCACAACCAAUCCUGCACAUCAAACCAGAGAUAAAACUAGUUUGUGCAGAAGAAUUAUCAAGUCAAAGUUUUCAGAACACGGAGCUCCUAUUAUUUCCAUUGACUUUAUCACUGACAUUAAAUUGAGUUAGUGCCCCUACCGCUUGAUUUGAAGACCAGUAACCAGUUUUUAAACCAUGUUUCAGCUCCGAGGACGUGUCCACCGAACCAAGUGAAAUGCCCCACGACCAACAUCUGCAUCAUCCGCCGCUACAUGUGCGACGGCGACAACGACUGCGGUGACAACAGUGACGAGAACCCUUUCUUCUGUCACCUGGUCUCCUGCGCCCCAGGUGAGAAUGGUUAUCUCUCAUCUGAUUGGUCCAUCCUCUCGACGGCCAUAUUGAGGAAGCCUCCCAACACAGGCGUUGUCUCCAGCCCUGCACCACACUAACCAUGUAAUAUGAUCUCCAUUCUUCUGUGCACAGUUUAAUUUAAUGCACCCAAAUACCAUCGCUAACAAAUCAAGGAAUACGAAACAAAAAAGCAAAACACACGGUCAAGAAACAAAUUAUUACUGUCAUUAAAAUUUUAAUUGGCAUCAGCUUGUUGAUUAACCUUGAAUUAUAAACAUUAAAAAAAAAAAUUCUCUUAUAUUAUUUUGCUUGUGGUGUGACUGCUUCCAUUUCCAGAUAGCGCGCAAAAUAUAAUUCCCCUUAACUACUCUAAAUUAUUAUAUUUUUUUUUAAAUACAUGUGCCUAAUAUUUUCUUUUCUGAAAAUGAAAUUGUCUCAGUUUAAAUAUGGUGUGAUAAAUAUUCGGUUUAAAAGUGGUUGGGACAUCAGAAUAUUAAGAUAUCUCAUGGGAAUCAAAUGAAAGGUGUGCAGUGACGUAUCAUGGGGAAAGGGUGUAGCGAAAAUUGGGAUUCUUAAAUGUGCGUUACUUGAGUUCAUGUUUUGUCAAGUAACUUCAGUAGAUGGGAAGUUCAUGCAUUGCUGUUGCCAAUGUUUGGUGAGCUAUGUAUGACUAGUAUGUAUUAAUGACAUAAUAGAGUUUGAUAAAGUACACACACCUUUCUAUGAUGUCAUUGAAAUAUUGUGCACUGCUGUUUAUUCAUGAAAUUUGUCUGCUCAUUUUCUCCCCCCCCCCUCCCCACCCCAGGCUUUCAGCCAAAAUUAUCAGCUUUCAAAUUUCAUCCUUAUAUAGACUUUGCUGUCACUGGUUUCUCCCUGCUCAUCCCAUUCUUUUUCUUGCUAUUGACAGCUGUCAUGCACAUUACAUGAUGUUCCACUUAGAUACACAUUUAGGAAUCGGUCACAUGCUAUUAUCUGAAUUUCUGUUCAGGUGACUUCCAGUGCUCCCAGAGCCACAAGUGCAUCCCAGGGACCUGGCAGUGUGAUGGUGACGAUGACUGCGGAUUUGGAGAGGAUGAGACACCAGCCACUUGUUGUGAGUAGAUGGUGGGGGGGGGGGCAUGUCUAGCCAAUAGAGCUCCCAGAAAAGUCCUUGUUUUAAGCAUUUAUAGCAUCAAUAGUAAUUUGACGUGCCGAUCAACUAUUAUUUUGUCACAUGUGGCAUUCUGCACCUCUGUUGGUGUCGGUCACCUGCCAACCAGAGCUGGCACAUUUUUCAGAAAUGUUCAUACCAGCUGUAGGUGAAUUAAUAUUGGGAAUGACUUCUAAGUUGUACAUUUGGUUCUUAUUCCAUAAAAUGGUUUGAAAUUGUUCUAAGUUGGGGUAUUCAUCGUGGCCGCUUUUUUUGCCCACAGCCUCAUUUAACCGCACCUGUCAGCCUGACCAGUUCGGCUGUGACAGUGGCCGAUGUGUGUCUCUGCGCUGGGUCUGUGAUGGGGAGGAUGACUGUGGAGACAACUCAGACGAGUCAGAUGCAAGAAACUGCAGUAAGUCACGACUAUUUCAUAGUGACCUACCCCCCCACCCUGGAAGUACAUAUUUGCCAUGGCAUUUUAAAUGUCUACCCAUAAUGUUUUAAAGAUGGGCUGUUUGUGUGUGGGAUAGCAUUGCCUCUGUUUGUGUGUGGGAUAGAUUUGCCCAUGUUUGUUUAGUGGAUAACAUUGCCUCUGUUUGUGUAGUGGAUAACAUUGCCUCUUUUUGUGUAGGGGAUAACAUUGCCUGUUUUUGUGGUGGAUAACAUUGCCUCUGUUUGUGUAGUGGAUAACAUUGUCUCUGUUUUUGUGGUAAUAACAUUGCCUUUGUUUGUGUAGUGGAUAACAUUGCCUCUGUGUAAUGGAUAACAUUGCCGCUGUCUGUGUAGUGGAUAACAUUGCCUCUAAUUUGUGUGGUGCAUAACAUUUCCUCUGUUUUUGUAGUGGAUAACAUUGCUUCUAAUUUGUGUAGUUGAUAAAAUUUCCUCUUGAUAGUCUUCAAAGACUUAAGCAAAUAGUUGUUUUAUCAUGUGUUGGUGUUCAGUGUGAAGGAUGACAGAUGCUUUGUCCAGCACAUGCUUAAAUUCAAGACACAAGGUGUCUUUACUUUCUGUCCAGCAGAUGAUAUUUCCUAAUGUCCAAUAUGGGUCAGGCCGCAUCCGGAAAUUUUUUUGAAAGAAAAUGGAAAAUUGAUCCACGGAAACUUGAUCAAACUGAAAUUUGGUCGAACAUUUUUUUCAGUUCACACGUUAAAAUUUUUCGUCAAAUUUUCUUUUGGACGCAUUAUUUUGUUUUACUAAAUAGUACAGUGUGUUCAAAAAGACAUUUGUCGAAAAUUUUAACGUGAACUUAAAAAAAAUUUCCGUUUUAUCAAAUUUCCGUCUUAUUAAUUUUCCGUUUACAAAAUUUCUUUCAAACAAAUUUCCUGAAACUGGUUCAGGCAAAUAUCUGUGCAUCAUGAGUUUAAUCCUUUAUGUGUUUAUAUGAAAUCUUUCUUCUUCUUCUAUGUAUUAAGGGCCCACGAUAAAUUUAUUGAUCAUUUUGGCUCCUAUGCAUGUAGAGGGGAUUUGCAAUGUUUCUGUGCCUGGUGUUGAUGAGGACAUUUCACUGAUUUCCAGUGCCACUUUGUGAGGGAAUCAUGCACUGGGGGUUUGAAGGCUCGAGGCAAUAGACACAAAUGUGUGUAGUGUUACUUUAUAGUCCAUAUUGAAGUAAAUGAUAACUCACUCAACUAUAGCAACUGACAGGAGAUGGCAAUGUUGUAAAGAUAAGAAUAGAACGCAUGUUUAAAUGGGGUUCCUAGCACACAUUGAAUAUGCUUUGUUUUCCAAUGUUCCAGACUGCAGUUGUGAAUCCUAUUUUUCAGAUGAUCGCACAUGCCCCCCUGACACCUUCACCUGCGAGUCCAACAAGCAGCAUGGCACUUAUCCUUGCAUCUCCAUGUCUCGAGUCUGUGAUGGUGUACGUAACUGUCGCAAUGGGGAGGAUGAGAUGCAGACGUGUCCCCCUCGCACUUGCAUGAGCCACCAGUUCCAGGUAAAUUGAUAACAGAGAUUUAUUUGUAUGAGGUCCAAAUAUGAAUGAAACACAACACUGUCGGGUAAUAAGGGCUUGUUGCAUCAGAUCCAACCAUAAAUAAUAUAGGACACUAUCAGGUAAUAAGGGUAAUAAGGGGAGAGACUGCAAUCAGGUUAGCACAAUAUAAAAUGAGUGAUUGAACAUCAGAUUCAACUCGGGUAAUAAGGGCUUGUUAUAUCAGGUCUUACCAUGAAUGAUAAACAACAUUAUUUUCAUUAGUUGAUAUGCAUUGAACGCGACAUUACACAUUUUUUUUCUCCUCUGAAGAAUAGAACAUAAUUUCAGCUAUACAUAUGCAGAGCCAUCAUGUGCGUCCUGUAACCCCUGUGGCUGCUGCGGAAAGGAGGGGGGGGGGGGGGCNAGCUUGUUUUAGAUCCAGCCUCUGGCAACUGAAAGCUUGUUUUAGAUCCAGCCUCUGGCAACUGAAAGCUUGUUUUAGAUCCAGCCUCUGGCAACUGAAAGCUUGUUUUAGAUCCAGCCUCUGGCAACUGAAAGCUUGUUUUAGAUCCAGCCUCUGGCAACUGAAAGCUUGUUUUAGAUCCAGCCUCUGGCAACUGAAAGCUUGUUUUAGAUCCAGCCUCUGGCAACUGAAAGCUUGUUUUAGAUCCAGCCUCUGGCAACUGAAAGCUUGUUUUAGAUCCAGCCUCUGGCAACUGAAAGCUUGUUUUAGAUCCAGCCUCUGGCAACUGAAAGCUUGUUUUAGAUCCAGCCUCUGGCAACUGAAAGCUUGUUUUAGAUCCAACCUCUGGCAACUUGACAUUCUGAUGACAAUGUUUGUUACUUCUCAUCUGUUUUCUAGUGCACCAAUGGAAUCUGCAUCUCUACAAGGUUUAAAUGUGACCAUGACAAUGACUGUGGGGAUUCAUCAGAUGAGCCCAGCGACUGCA